UUGGUAGGCUGUGGGCCAACACAGACGUAUUCGAUAAGAAGAAACUGAUUUAGCUGGGAGAAGAAAGUGAAAGUAUCCCAAUAAGGGACACCGGUGACGUAACUGCCUUUUCAGACGGUUUAGAAAUGAUUUAUCGUUAUUUCCUCGCCUUUUGGAUCCUUACCUCCUUGGCAGUUGCUGUUCAAUCAACACAAUAUGGACUCCUGGGUGAGACAGUCACCUUCAGGACAGAUUUCAGAGACCCCCCUGAUGACAUUCUGUGGAAACAUAAUGGGAAUAAACUGGUACAAUUUAAUGGCAAUGAGCAAACUGAAUACAACCCAUUUCAAAAGAGGAUCACUCUUGACUGGAGCUCUGCAGACCUGGAAAUCAACCACCUGACACAUAGUGACAGUGGACAAUAUGAACUGGAUGCAGGAAAGAAAGGUGUUGUAACUCGUCUUAACUUUGAAUUGAAGGUCCUGGACAGAGUAACCAAGCCCACUGUAACCUGCCACAUGAGCGAUGGCAGCAGCUCUGACAAAUCAGGAAGUGAAGCCACACUGAUGUGCUCUACAAACACAUCGCAGUCCUUAAACUACGAGUGGAGUCAACCUGGAAAAGUUCAGCCUGGCCAGAUAUUAACGAUACCCCUAGGAACAGAACAUGAUGAUAAAGUAUACAACUGUACUGUGAGCAACCAAUUGUCCAGAGAAAUAGCUACAUUCACUGCAAAGGAUUGCUACCCUGUUGGAGCCUCAGCUGGACUGAUUACUGGACUGGUUAUUGGCGGGAUAGUAAUACUCUUGUGUGUUUUGGGUGCAGUGUUCUGUACACUAAAGCAUAAAGCAUAUUUUGCAAAAGAGGAGAAAACAGACGUGGAACAACAGCCACAUAGUAAGCCUCUUCUUCAAAGAGAAGAAACAAUACCCUCUUCCCAACCGCUUCGCCAUUUGGCAGAAAUUGUAAAGAAUCACAAUUUUGAUCACAAUGAUGAAAAACACAACGAGUUGGACCUGGGCACUAGAGAAAGUAAAGAGUCGGAGGAAGAUAAAUUUGUAACUGCACCGGAGUAUCCUAAUGCUAAUGCUCAUGGUGCUUCUACUAACCAGCCAAGUUUACCUUUGCUCAACAAGACAGUUGUUGUUGGGGAAGAUCUCAACUCAGAUGAGGUAACUGGAGAAAAAAAAGAAGAAAGAAGAAAAAAAGAAGAAAAUGAAUCAGAUGACAUGAAGAAAGAACCACCGACCAUUCCUGAAAAAACAGAAAAAAACAAAGAUGGACCUCAUGUGGUCACAAGAAAUCCUUCUUUUUUAAACGAUAAAGGACAACUGGAUAAGAAAGUCAAGAGUAGUCAAUUGGAAGAACGUACUGAGGCCACACAGCCUGAUCUGCAAACACAGAUUACUUCUAAAGGACCAGAAUCAGAGAAAAUGGAGGAUGAAGAAGCAAAGUCUGCUGAUGAAAGUUCGACCCAGAUCAUACCGCACAAGCCACCUGCUGAAGAACAAAAGCAAGAUGUAAUCUCAGAUCAGGACACUGAAAAAACUAUAGAGGAAACUGAAAAGGAAAAAGAAGAAAAGAAAUCAGAUGGCAUGAGAGAAAAAGGAGAGCUACCAACAAGUUCUGCUCAGACAGACUCAGAACAAGAGACAGAUGAGGAAGCACAUCCUGCCACUAAAACUAGUAGUUCCCCUGAUGACGUGAGAGAAGAGGACGGGUCUCCCACCACUCCUACACAGACAGUUAAGGAUAAAAUUAAGGAAAUUGAGAAAAAGCAACAAGCAGAAAAAAACAAAGAUGGACCUCAUGUGGUCACAAGAAAUCCUUCUUUUUUAAACGAUAAAGGACAACUGGAUAAGAAAGUCAAGAGUAGUCAAUUGGAAGAACGUACUGAGGCCACACACACAGCCUGAUCUGCAAACACAGAUUACUUCUAAAGGACCAGGUUUGGAAAACAACAGAGACAAGCCUGAAAAAGUUGCGCCUGCUGUGCCAAGAGCUACAUGGCGUUAAAAUCAGAAAAGGACAAGAUGAUGUAAAUCCACUCGAAGAAGCCAAAGUCGCUAAAUGUGGUCAUUUGGAAGAACAUAGUGGGGUCUGAUGUGCAAUCAGAAACUGCUUCUGAAAAGCCAGGUUUGAAACUAUACCAUGUCAGCAUUUAGGCGCAGCGUGUGAAUAAAAAGCUUGACAACGUUAAGCCCACAGUUUUAAACAAAAACACUUAUAACACAAUAGUAGUAUGUACUGAGUACUGAGUGUGGGGAUCCUGCAGUUUUUACAAUCUUGCUGCUGAUGUCUCAGUUCACAUAUAUCCACUUUUUCCCCUGCUAAGUUCAGUUUUCAGUUUGUCACCUUAUUAAAAACAUACUUUUGGCUUAGGUACUGCAUUGUAGCCCUCCACACUACAGUUUUUAAACAUCUUUUAGUAUUUUUUUUUAGCAGAUACAGUUGACAAGGAAGUUUAGUUUCCCCCUUGUGUUGGUGGGAGCUUUUUUCUAUCACAACUGCUUUUGGUUUUGAAAUAUUUAAUAUAUUUUCAGACUUUUGCUAUGAUUAUGCAUGCCAUGUACUGCUACUCUCCUCUAUCUGAUUCCUGGACCCUUGUGACCCAUCUGGGGGAGAGAGCAAGCUGUGCCAUCGCUGCCUGUAACAACAAACUUUUCAUCACUGGAGGAAGAGAUAACAAAAACCAAGUCAUCUCUACAGUGAUGUGGGAUGUCGCCCGAGGGGCAGUGUGACCCUCAUGAAGUCCUACACACAUAUACACACCUGCCUCAGAGAGCCAGUGACACAGGCAUCUUGGAACAGGACUUAUUUCGGUGCUAAGAGUGGUUGUAGGAUUAUGCAUGAACAGUAAAACAUGUUCAAAGAUAAGAAAAAUGUUUUUUUUCUGCAUGCAUUACAAUGUUUACUUUAUCUUUGUUACUGUUUUGUAACAAAUUAAUCACUAUGAUGUUUUUGCAAACAGUUAAGCUUGUAGUUAAGCUUUCUCAGAAAAGUGUGGAUUACAACGUCUCAACAGGUUACAAUAAGUCUACAAACACAAAAACGAAAAUGAAACAUUUGCUAAAUCAUUAUCUUAUAAGUUUCUUAUUAACUGCCAGAGAAAUUUAAAGUUUCAAAUGAAAGAAAGAGCAAUUCAAAAGCAAUUGAAUUAACUUUUGGAUUUUUUCUUUUAUGUUUUAAUUAGCAAACUAACUCUGAACUCUACACUUUAAUGUUGUUUUAUUAAAUGCAAUGGUAUUUGAACGCAACACAGGUUACCUGCGUAUUAACAAAUAAACUGACAUGUCAAACAGAA